AAGUUUUCUGUAAGCUGGGCGGGGGCGUUCAUGUCUAGAAUAAUCGGUGAGCAGUUGAACUGUUCCGGAUUUUCGCAGGCACGUAGUCGGGCGGAAAGUGCUGUGUCAUCGGAAGGUGGUUUCCCGCAAUCUGCGCACGCGCACAUCCAGUAAACAAAAGUGACGGAGCUCUUUUGCCGGGUUGUUAAAAAGAGAAAACUAGGAUAACUGAAAGACAGUAGUUAUUUUAAGUCUUAAAAGUUUAUAAAACCGUAGUUGCGGAACUUAUUUACUUUUUUCAGUAUCGAAUGUAAAGUUCGUUACAUAAUACAUAUUGACAGAGGCCAUCUUCGAAGCAGACGGCAACUUCCUCAGCUCACAGGUGCAGUUGACAUGGGUUUGCUUUCCGAAGGAUCUCCUCUGUCCUGGGAAGAAACAAAGCAAUACGCUGAUCACGUCCGAAAACACGGAAUCCAGCAGUUCAUCAAUCAUUAUCGUAAACUGAAAGACAGGACAAAGGAUGUUCUGUACUGGGGCGAUGAGGUGGAGUACCAGCUGGUGAAGUUUGAUGAUAAUAACUGCCGUGUAAGACUUGCACUUCAUGCACCAGAAGUUUUAAAAGCUCUUAAGGAGCUGCAAGAGAAGUGUGAUAGUGAACAGCGCACAGCUUGGCAUCCAGAGUAUGCAGAGUAUAUGGUGGAGGGUACACCAGGACGGCCAUAUGGAGGCCUGAUGGCUCACUUCAACCUUGUGGAGGCUAACAUGAGGCGAAGGAGACGUGAGAUUGAAUCUAUAUUAAGUGCAGACGAAGUGCCACUGUCCCUUACUGUUUUUCCCAGGCUAGGCACUGCAGAGUUCACUGACCCUGCAUACAAUCCAGAUCCUAUAAAUGGGGCUUCUUGCUCUAUUUUUUUUCCUGAUGAAGCAAUAAACAGUGGGCAUCCUCGAUUCAAAACACUGACCAGGAACAUCCGACAACGUCGGAAAGAAAAAGUUUGCAUCAAUGUACCAAUUUUCAAAGAUGAGAAGACCCCUUAUCCCUUUGUGGAAGACUUCUCAAACUUGGGUGACGUAACAGGGGAAGCACAGCGAUCAGCAAAGCCAGACCACAUAUACAUGGACUGCAUGGGUUUUGGAAUGGGCUGUUGCUGCCUUCAGGUGACAUUUCAGGCUUGCAACAUCACAGAAGCACGUGCCUUGUAUGAUCAACUUGCUCCUAUUUGUCCAAUCAUGCUUGCACUUAGUGCUGCCUCCCCCAUUUAUCGUGGCUACCUGUCGGACAUUGACACUCGGUGGACAGUCAUUUCACAGUCAGUGGAUGACCGCACUAGAGAAGAAAGGGGCCUUGUGCCACUGAAAGAAAACAAGUUUCGGAUAAGCAAAUCCCGGUAUGAUUCUAUAGACAGCUAUUUGUCACCCACAAGUGCCUGCUACAACGAUAUCAAACUGACAAUGGAUCAAGAGAUAUACGACCAGUUAACUGCUGAAGGAGUUGAUGUUCUUCUGGCACAGCAUCUUGCUCACCUGUUUAUUCGUGACCCAAUCUCUGUAUUUUCGGAGAAAAUUGACCAGAAUGAUGAAGAAGACACAGAUCAUUUUGAGAAUAUUCAGUCUACCAACUGGCAGACUAUGCGAUUUAAGCCUCCUCCUCCAAAUUCCAAUAUUGGGUGGCGUGUAGAGUUUAGACCUAUGGAGGCCCAGCUGACAGACUUUGAGAAUGCAGCAUAUACAGUUUUUAUCGUGCUGCUUACACGUGUGAUCCUAUCAUACAAACUCAAUUUCCUCAUUCCAAUUUCCAAGGUUGAUGAAAACAUGAAGACAGCCUUUAAGAGAGAUGCAGUUCAUGUUGGUCAGUUUUACUUUCGAAAAGAUAUUAUCACAGAAUGCUCUCCUGCUGUGGCAACAGAGUGUUGUCGUGCUCAGUGUAAAAGAAUGGACAAUGUUUACAAACUGAUGACAAUCAGUGAAAUCAUAAACGGAAGUGGUGAAUUUGUGGGUCUGGUGCCUCUGAUUAAUACAUACUUGAACAAUAUUGAAUGUGACGUGGAAACACGAUGCACUGUGCAGCAAUACCUGCAGUUGAUUGCAAAGAGAGCCUCAGGGGAGCUCAAGACAACAGCAUGCUGGAUCAGGGACUUUGUGGCUGCCCACCCCGAGUACAACAAAGACUCUGUUGUGUCUGAGCGCAUUGCCUAUGAUCUACUUAAGAAAAUUUCACAGUUAUCUCGAGAGGAGGUAGAGGAACCUGGGCUCUUGCCAGGACACCAAACGCUGUCAGCAGACACAAUCCCGGCAGCUGUGUCGCUUGCAGAAAAUUAUCUUAAUAACAGGAGUCCCAUGUCCUCAGUUGCCUCAGCAAAUUCUGAACUUCCAACUGCCAGUAACUAAAAGAAAACAAUCAGGUCCUCACCUUGGAGCAACAGUCUUUGUAAUUUUUUGUUAUUUUUUCUGUUAAACUGGAGAAGAUUCUAACAGCACUUAAUUGUUUUUUCUCACAUUCUAUGAUAAUAGUGAAUGAUGAAGUGGAAUAUAAAGAAAUCAGUUUCACUAAGCUUGAUCUAAAGAAGAAUCUGAGAGAUGGUGAUUGUACAGCAUGAACAUGUAUAUAACAGUUUAAGGUUCAAAAAGUUCUGAGUAAAUGAGCCUCAGAAUCUGUAACAAAUGAAUCUCUAUCGUUCAAGAUGUAGAUUUAUUUUGCUGUUUUCAUUGCAACUUAUUAUGUUACUUGUAAAAACAUAGCAAAAGUUAUCAAUAUGUGAAACUAGAUGUGCACAAAAAUAAUUUUGAAAGUCAGGAACUCUAAGGCCAAGGAACUGCAACAGCAGCAUUAUUUUAUUUGAAGAUAUGAAGACAAAAGUGUAGAAAUAUCCAGAUGACAUUCAGACAUGCUUCUCCAUUAAACACGCUAGCUUAUUUUUAUGAUUCUAUUAAGUUCUUCAUUUUACAUUUAUUUCCUUCAUUUGCUCUUUGUUAUAUAAAUUGCAAAUGUAAUUGACUCUGCCUAACAAGAAACCUGUUGUUUAGUAAAGCUUUGGAAAUUGGACGCAGGAAACAAAACUAAAAAAUAAAAAAACAACCACUUUAACAGUUAUCUUAAAUACUGCUCUAACACAUUUUGAAUAAAUCGUAAUAUUAGAGCAAAUCAUCCAUAGCAAUAUGUUUCACCAGCUCUGACCUUUCACCUCUUUACGUUUAUUUUAGUCAUUACUAACGGGAGCAAAAUAAUAAAAAAAAAAAGGUUCAGAACCCUGGAGGAAGUGUGUUGCUAAACAAAUUUAAGUGAGCCAUGCUAUUCGCAAUGUAUGUCUGUUUUGCAAUAGUGAGUGCUUAUAUGAUCCUGAGUUUGUUUAACUAGGUGGUUUGCUGUUUUCAUCACCAUCCACUGCACAUGUACGAAAUUUUCUGAGUCUUCAGUCCUGAAGUUGAGCUCUGAUCCUCUUCAGUUACUUUAAUGUAUCUGUUGCCCGAUUGUAGAACCAUCACAUCCAAGCAACUGUUCUUUAGUCUCAGGAUCUGGUCACCGCUUGUCAAAUUCUUGAAUCCUGGAAUAGUUGCCGCAAAGGCUUGGAUUUUAUUUGCUGCGGGUUCUAUCUGGGCUGCCUCUGACUCAGCACACUGCGGCAAACCGGCUUGGAAAUCAUCGUUUUGAAGGCAGCUACCAACGUAGCGAUGAGACACCUGUCGGCAUCAGUUAAAUCAUCAAAAGCGUUGAUCGUAUAGCACAAUAAAUCUCUGGAAACUCUGCUUAAGCUUUCACUUGGCAUGUCAUUUUAGGACAAUCCUAGUGUGUUUUCUUAGGAGCAUACGAAAUUUUUAAUAAAACGAUUUAAACCGAAACCAUCUUUUCAUAAGACAUUAGUAUUAAUGUACUUAUGUAAUUUAAAAUCAUUUAAAAGCAAACUCUGGAAAUCUUGUUGAUUAUGUAUGUAUAGUUUUGUUAUUUUGUUUUGUUUUUUGUUUUUUUUUCCUCUGGAGUAAACUGCACGUAUGCAUGAAAAUAAAGGCACAGACAGGCAUGAACGUGUCCACUCACAUGCGCACACACUCUUCUUUGUUCUUUUAAGCAAUUUGGAGACACUAGUAGUUGAUGUUGCCUUUCGUGCUUACCAUCAAGACACUUGCAGUCACAUUUUUUUUGCUGGUUUAAAAUUAUUGCAUUAUUCAUUGUCUGAAGGAUCUCUCUUGGCAUGAAUCUGUUGCCUCCUAGGUUUUUGAAAUGUGUGAUAAAGCACAUGACCAAUUUUGAAAGAAAUUUUGUUCUCAUUUAGCUUACGAUCAUGUUUUAUCUUGUUCAGGCAUUUGCUUCCAAUAACCCCCUGUGAUCCAUUCAAAACGAUGUUAUUCACCACUGCUGCAUUUAAAGGGUUUUUGUACAUCGCUGACUGUAUCUAGGCAAAUUGUGUACAGGUUUUUUUGACAUUAGUGUUCAGCUAUCAAAAUAUAUGGUUGUUAGUAUUUCAGAAUACUGUGGCAGUGUAAAAUAUUAUAAAUAUUUGUUUAUUGUUAUCUUUUGUAUAGUAUGCACAAAUAUAGUAUUGAUAACACUUCUGAGGAGUUAGGUUGUAGGGACAAUCAUGAUGCAAAGAUGUGAUUCAGGAAGGCAUCCAAGGUUAAGGAUUACUAAAAUGAGGUUACAUUUGCACACGGACAAGCCGAUCUGAGUCUUACAUUCCACUUUAUGGACACAAACAUAGAAUAAAGUAUUGUGCUACUGUAUAAAUAUCCCAUCAUUGUAAGGAAUGCUGAAAGGAUCUGGGAGUAUGGAGUCCACAUUCUCAUGGGUUCGGGGAGGCUGGUUAGAACAGUUAGGCAAGUGUUCAGCAGCGGUCACUUAAGGUUUUGCCUUAAGAAUUUUUGUUUUAAAAGUACGACUUCUUUCUCGGGUUCAAAAUGCUAACAUUGUGGCGAGUUUGAUAACCCCUUUAGUUUAAAAAGAAAACCUGAAGGAAAAACAAGGAAUAUUAGUAUUUGAAUCAUUUUUUUAAAAAAAGCAUGAUUAUAAUUCCAUAGUAUACACUUGUCUGAAGUUGUGCAGUAUAUGUACUGUCCUGUAAUCAGAAUGGAUCUUAGAGAUGUAAGGAUACAAAUUUGAGGAGGAUCUGCCAGUUCCAAAAGAAGUUAUCUGUGUGUAUGCACUAUUAUGAAAAACUUUGAGCUCAUUUGGGAAAAAGAAAUGCGUUAGAUAUUUGUAAAACAUUUUUAAUAUUUCAACAAUAUUUAUGGACAUUUAUUAUUUGCAGUACAGACCAGAAAGGCUGCUUUUUUUCUUGUUAAGUAAGGGUAAAUAUAAUUAAUGUCUUUUGGGGAUACUGGUGGCUAGGAAAGGGGGUAGUAGUUUUUUCUACGUAAGAUUUCCAGCUUGUAUCACUACAACUUCAGCAGAUAUUUGUAGGAUGCCUCCUCCAGUUCCUGACGAUAAGAUAAAAGCCACCAAACUUGUGUAUGAUUGUUUUAUUGACAAUCUCAUUGUCCACAUUAUAAGGACCCACCAGGGACGCAUGCUAUAAUGUUCAUGUAGAAUGCCACGCUGUUAUAAUGUUUAGUUCUCUGGGUAUUAAAUACUGUUUUUGGUAAACUGUUCCUACGCCAUACGUAGGAACGCUGUCACGGAAGACAUGUUUGCUUUGUUUCGCUUCUCUACACAAUUAUCCUGCUGAAUGUCGAACCCGUUGAAGGAACGUGUCUUCCAUGAUAACCAAAACCGGUUGAGUCUAUAUAACCCAAAUACCAAAGGCUUAGUGCACAAUAUGUCACUAUCCACUAGAGGUUAGCUGGAUAGCUAUAGUAUACGUUAUUAGCAGUUUCACUAACUGCUAGGCAUUGACUAGCAGAGUAUUGCUUUCGGCUUCAGUUCGUAUCCGCACGAUGUGGCACAUUAAUGUCUUGCUAGACACAUCAUAUGUCUGCAAAUGAAGCACGAGGCACUUCUCGUAACCAGCCAUUGUCUGAAAUAUGGAUAAUAGCUACAUCAUGCGUUUUGACAUCUGAUUGCUGUUGCAUAAUAAAUUCUCGGAACUUUUGUUAUCAUGUCUGCCGAUCGUUUUUGUGCUGUUGAACACUCGCAUAUAUACUAGAGAACAGAAAUAUAAUGAAUCUUAAUUUACUGAAGAUGGCAUAUUUUUUUUUUUUUUAAAAAGCUGAGCAUUUGGUAUUUAAAUCGCAGACAGGUCACAUUUCAUCUUCACUUAAGGGUCUUUAAAGCCAGAUGAGGUCGCAGACAGAAAUAUUAAAAUUUUCUUUCGCGUCUUGCCAAACAAAUAAACCUAGAAAAAACUAGGGCCCGACUAACUGAAGGUGCAGAUGGCCUGAUCGAGUGGUUUCAUUAUCUUGAUUGCUUCAUUGUCUGCGCGAAUGACGUUAAACGGCGCCUGAUUGUAUAUUUCAUCUUUGCAAAAGUUCUUGAGCGUGUGCUUCUAAUUGCCAGAGUAUUGAUGUCUCAGCAAUGAUUCUUGCAGUCUGUUUGCACCUGGGGGCGACUAGUAUUCCAGAAACUCGCAUCCUUCGCCGGGUUACGCGGCUUUGUAUUCAUCUCAUCUGUUCCUCACAUUUUUGAAACAGUUUAUUUGUCGUGUUAAGGAAGCCACCUACUGAAUGCUCUUUACUUCUUUCUUAUUACUUUGUUUUGCGAUUAGCUGUUCACAUAUAUUUUUUAAUAUAUAAUUUACUUUCAUGGUGAUGCCCGCCUGGUUCAAUUUUUUCCCCUCGGGUCCAGGCCUGAUCGAGCAGUUAAUGUGACCGUUGCUUUAAUUAAAAUAUUUUUGUAUUUUUUACAACAUUUGAUUGGUUGCACAAAUGCGAUGAUAACAUGAACAGUUUCAUAUCUGC